AUGGCCGAUCCGAAAACAUAUGGCUUUGGCUGUACGAUAAAGGAGUUGCAAGAUUUGAUGCAAUGUAGGGGUAAGAAUGGGCACCUAGUCUUACAACAGAGGUAUGGAAGUGCUCUGGAAUUGUGCAAAAAAUUAAAAACUUCGCCGACUGAAGGGUUGAGCGGUUCAGAGGAGGAUAAAAAAAUCCGAAUAUCGGUAUACGGUUCAAACUUCAUUCCGCCAAAACCAGCCAAAUCUUUUUGGCGGUUGGCUUGGGAGGCCCUUCAGGACGUCACACUCAUCAUCCUCAUCAUCGCUGCAAUCAUAUCGUUAGGGCUGUCCUUCUACCACCCACCACUUAGUGAUGAGGAUCAUCUGGGAUCCGACGAGACGGAAUCAUCGGCCGGUUGGAUUGAAGGGGUGGCGAUCUUGGGGGCCGUCCUGGUGGUCGUGCUGGUCACCGCGUUCAACGACUGGCAGAAGGAGAGGCAGUUCAGAGGGCUGCAGAGCAAAAUCGAACAUGAACACAAAUUUUCGACACUCAGGAAUGGCGAGGUACUGCAGAUUGGUGUGGCUGAUCUUGUCGUCGGUGACGUCUGCCAGGUCAAGUAUGGUGACCUACUCCCUGCCGACGGAAUAAUAAUCCAAAGUAAUGACCUGAAAAUUGACGAGAGUUCGCUGACCGGCGAAUCCGACCACGUAAAAAAGUCCGAAAAUGGCGACCCAAUGUUACUCUCCGGAACGCACGUGAUGGAAGGCAGCGGCAAAAUGUUGAUCGUAGCGGUUGGCGUGAACUCACAAUCAGGGAUCAUAUUCACGUUAUUGGGAGCUACACAAGAAAAGGCUAAAGAAACAACUAAAGACGCUACUGACUCAGCUACAGCUAAGACUAAAGGCGCAACUGGCGCUCCGCUAGCUGAACUCGAAGAUAUAGCUCUCAUCGAUUCUACUCAAGAUAAAAAGAAAACGGAGGAGAGCGACCAAGCCGACAAGCAGUCUCGAGGUAGGAAGGAGAAGUCAGUGCUGCAAGCCAAACUCACAAAGCUAGCCAUUCAAAUUGGAUACAUUGGAACCAUCGUAGCCUUACUAACAGUAAUAAUACUCAUCCUAAACUUCUCAAUUACUACUUUUGUGGUACAAAAAAAACCCUGGAGUAACGAUUACCUCCAACAGUACGUUAAAUUUUUCAUCAUCGGUGUCACCGUUCUCGUCGUGGCAGUCCCUGAAGGCCUGCCUUUGGCCGUUACGCUCGCUUUGGCUUAUUCUGUUAAGAAAAUGAUGUUAGACAACAAUUUGGUGAGGCACCUGGACGCAUGUGAGACCAUGGGCAACGCUACUGCCAUCUGCUCCGACAAAACUGGAACACUGACCACAAACCGGAUGACGGUCGUUCAGAGCUACAUCGGAGAUGUUCACCACAAAAAAAUCCCGAAGUUUACAGAAUUCUCGGCCAACAUCCAGCCACUGAUCAUCGAAUCCAUAGCGAUAAAUAGCGGAUACACAUCGAGAAUUAUGCCGUCCGAGAACAAAAACGAGCUGCCGAAGCAAGUCGGAAACAAAACGGAAUGUGCGCUGUUGGGCUUCCUGGUUGACCUGGAACAAAACUACGAAACAGCCAGGGAGAACAUGCCUGAAGAGAAAAUACACAAGGUCUAUACCUUCAAUUCUGUCAGGAAAUCAAUGAGCACCGUUAUACCGAGAGAGAAUGGGUAUACACUCUUCACUAAGGGUGCCUCUGAGAUCGUCAUGAAGAAAUGCACAUGGAUCUUAGAUGGGCAGGGUCAACCGCGGCCUUUUGGGGUAUCAGAUCAAGAAAAUAUCAUUAAAAGGGUCAUAGAGCCCAUGGCGUCAGAUGGUCUUCGUACCAUUGGGGUGGCCUACAAAAAUUAUGUUUACGGAAGUGGCCAGCCAAACGACGUAGUGAUAUCGAAAGAACCGGAUUGGGAAAACGAGACGGAUAUCGUUUCGAAUCUCACCUGCCUCUUGUUCGUCGGCAUUGAAGAUCCUGUCAGACCUGAGGUCCCAGAAGCAAUAAAGAAGUGCCAGCGAGCCGGAAUCACAGUCCGCAUGGUAACAGGUGACAACAUAAACACAGCUAGAUCCAUCGCGACGAAAUGUGGGAUAAUCAAACCGUCGGAUGAUUUUAUUAUCAUGGAAGGACCGGAUUUUAAUAGUCGGAUUAGACGGACUUUGGAUGAUCCGCCAAGCCAAGAACUAAUCGAUAAAAUUUGGCCGAAACUGCGGGUACUGGCCCGUUCCUCCCCUCAAGACAAGUACACCCUAGUGAAGGGAAUCAUCGACAGUAAGUUGAACCCCAAUCGUGAGGUUGUGGCAGUUACGGGAGACGGUACCAACGAUGGGCCGGCCCUGAAAAAAGCAGACGUCGGAUUUGCUAUGGGCAUAGCCGGCACAGAUGUGGCAAAAGAAGCGUCUGACAUCAUCCUAACUGAUGAUAACUUCACAUCGAUUGUGAAAGCUGUCAUGUGGGGUAGAAACGUUUACGACAGCAUUGCGAAAUUUCUGCAAUUCCAACUCACUGUCAACGUUGUAGCCGUCAUCGCCGCGUUUCUCGGCGCCUGCGUCAUCAAGGACUCGCCCCUCAAAGCCAUCCAAAUGUUGUGGGUCAAUCUAAUUAUGGACACCCUAGCUUCCCUUGCUCUGGCUACGGAACUUCCGAACGAGGAGAUGUUGAACAGGAGACCGUACGGUAGGACAAAGCCACUGAUAUCGAGGACGAUGAUGAAGAACAUCAUUGGACAUGCCGUUUAUCAACUGACUGUCAUUUUCGUGCUCUUGUUUGCUGGCCACAUACUGUUCGACAUUGACGACGGGAAGUGGCAGCCACCAAAUGCGAAGCCAACGCAACACUUCACCAUCAUAUUCAACGCUUUCGUCAUGAUGACGUUGUUUAAUGAGAUCAACGCCAGGAAGAUUCACGGACAGAGAAAUGUUUUUGAGGGUCUCAAUAGGAACCCUGUCUUCAUUUGCAUCUGGAUUGGUACCUUUAUAGCUCAGGUGAUCAUAGUGCAAUUCGGAAGUUAUGCCUUCGCUACUGUUGGUCUGAGUUUGGAGCAGUGGGUGUGGUGCUUGUUUCUGGGCAUCGGAGAACUAGUCUGGGGACAGCUGAUAACAACGAUACCCACUCGUCGACUACCCCGCAAGUUGGCUCUGGGUGCUGCCUCCCCCAAAGAAAUCGAACUUCUGGAACAGUCUGCUUACGAGGAAGGCAUGGAUGACAUGGGUAAGAGAGGGCAAAUAUUGUGGAUUCGUGGUCUUAACAGGCUUCAGCAUCAGAUUCGAGUGGUGAACGUUUUUCAAGAGCAGGCAGUCUCACCAACCACACGCAUACGCCCAUCCAUCUCUACUACAGAAAUGCUACGCUGAAAAUAUAAUUUUUUAAUUAAUUUGAAUUAAAUCAUAUUAAUUAAUUUAUUAGUUAUUUUAAUUAUUAUUUCAAUUAUUUUAUUCAUAUUUUCGUCUCGGCUAUUGAUAUGAUUCUCGUGUUUUUCUUUUCUAUUUUAAGUUUUUUUAAUACUCAGAUUUUAUUUUCUAGUCUUGUCGUUUUGAGUUUGAUGAACUGCUAAUAAUGUUAAUUACUUAAAUAAUAAUAAUAAUAAUAAUAACUAUUAUUAUUUUAUAAUUAAAUAAUUAACGUUUACAAUAUCGAUGAUCAAUGUUUUAUAGAACGUAUUUUAUUACACCGAAAAAUUACCCUCAUUUAAGCAAAAAAGGGCAGUCGAACGCCUAUUUUGGCUUCAAGUCUACACAAUACCGAAACCUAGAUCACCCACAAAUGGGAUAAUGGAGAUGUUUUUAUCUUAAUAAAAAUACAUUUUUUACGAAAAUUUCUCCUAAUUUCUCUUUAAGAGGCCAAAUGAUAGGUAAAUAAGGGCUCAGCUCCAUUUUCACUCUUGGUUGAUUUGCCCUUUUGUUGGCCCUGUAAACCAAAACUAGAUAAACCAUUUGCCCCUUUUUUUAUCUAACUCUUCGUACCUUUUUUUACAGUGAUAAUGGAAUUUAGACAAUUUUAGAUUUUAUCUUCUGAUUUUUUUUGUUUUUUCAACCUUCCUCUGUCAGCCUCCGUUAAAGUUUAUAGCGGGUCAGUGUUAUUUAGGUCAGUUGGUCAGUUGUCUUGGGGACAAUAAUAAUAGUAAUAAUAAUAAUAAUGGCAAUAAUAUAAGAUAAAAAUAAUAAUUAUAUAAGGUAACAAUAAUAAAUUCCAGGGGCCACAAAAAUUUUAAUACUUUUUCAUCGUUUUAAAACCUUCAGUCCCCCAACUGAAAUCAUAUAGGGCAACAAAGCGGUAGAACUAAAUUAUUAUUAUUAUUAUCAUUAAUUAUUUGUUGUUGUUGUUAUUAUUAUUGCUUAUUAUUAUUAUUAUUUUAUUAUUUUGUUUUUACAAAUUGUCUCAUCGUUUUGCCGUUUUUGAAGAUUGAUGCUUAUUCAACUCCUGUAACAUUACCGCAAUAUAUAAUUAAACUAAUAACAAAUAAUAAUAAUCAAUUAUUAUUGU